GCAGGUUAUGAUGAGGUGGUAACCCUGGGGCGGCCAGGCUGUGAAAUGACUGCUGUUCGGCACAAAAGAAAGACGGAGCAGAGAGACUGAGAAAGAAGAAUGGGCAGGAGGGUCUGGGGUUGUUGGCAAGGUGUCCUCUCUACUGCGCUGCUCUAUGGCUCUUUGGCUCUAUUUACAUCCAUCCUGCACAAUGUGUUCCUGCUCUACUAUGUGGAGACGUUUGUCUCCAUCUACAAGAUCGAUAAAAUCUCCUUCUGGGUGGGAGAGACUGUCUUCCUUAUCUGGAACAGUCUGAACGACCCUCUCUUCGGCUGGCUGAGUGACCGCGCCUUUCUCAGCUCUCCUCAAGCCGGCUCUCAGAUCACAAAUCCAGAGGUGGUGCUGAAGCGUCUGAAGGCCCUCGCCACAAAUGGUCCUCUCUUCGCCGUGUCCUUCCUGGCCUUCUGGGUGGCAUGGGCCAGUCCAGGCCUGCAGUUCCUGCUGUGCCUGUGUCUCUACGAUGGCUUUCUCACUAUGGUGGAUCUCCACCACAGCGCCCUAUUGGCGGACCUCGCUGUAUCUGCCACCGAUCGCACACGCCUCAACUUUCACUGCUCGGUGUUCAGCGCUCUGGGGUCUUUCUCCGUCUUUCUGUCCUACUCUUUCUGGGAUAAAGAGGACUUUUACUCCUUCCGUAUCUUCUGUGUAACUCUGGCAGCUUUUUCCGUCUUGGGGUUUUUCUUAGUAUCUCGAAUGCUCCAGCGCCGUUUUAUAAAGGAAAUCCAUCCAAAACAAGAUGAUGCAUCAGCACUCAAAGAACUAAACGUUGGCCAUGCUCCACUUAACCACCCGGAAAAACCUGUCACUAUUGGACAGUAUCUCAAGCAGCUGUCCAGACACAGGAACUUCAUGUGGUUCGUGUCAAUGAACCUGAUUCAGGUGUUUCACUGCCACUUCAACAGCAACUUCUUCCCUCUUUUCUUAGAACAUCUCUUAUCUGACAACAUCUCUGCCUCUACGGGUUCAAUUUUACUUGGAAUCUCUUAUAUUGCUCCACACCUGAACAACUUGUAUUUCCUGACACUGUGCCAGCGUUACGGGGUUUACCAGGUUAUCCGCUGGCUAUUUAUGCUCAAACUGGGACUUAGUGUGGCUAUGCUGCUAGCAGGGGCUGACCACAUUUAUCUGCUGUGUGUCUUCAUUGCUAGUAACCGCGUGUUCACCGAGGGGACAUGCAAACUCCUGAAACUGGUGAUUUCUGAUCUGGUGGACGAGGACUUUGUGGUAAACCGACGUCAACAAGCCGCCUCUGCUCUCGUCUUCGGCAUGGUUGCCUUGAUGACCAAACCCGGGCAGACAUUCGCCCCACUCAUUGGCACAUGGCUGCUCUGUGUUUACACAGGUUAUGAUAUUUUUGAAAGAGACUCUGUCAAGGACUCAGUUUCUGGGUCUCACGUCAUCUCCAGCUCAGGGAAUCCGCCUCUACGCCUGGGCUGCUUCUACAUGUUGGUGUUUGUGCCUAUCACCUGUGCCCUGCUCCAGCUGGUGGCCUGGUCUCGCUUCACGCUUCAUGGCCGCAAGCUGCAAGGGAUCAAAGCCCUGCGGCAGGGGGCCCAGCAAGGCCACCUUAUCGAUGUCAAGGCCAUAUGAACUGUUGGGCGAAGUUGCACAUGGACACUUUUACGUCAUUAGCUUUUACAGUCCUUUUUGAUAAUGUCUUAGAAGAAGAUGAGCUGCUCCGCCCUUUUUCUGCAGCUUGGCCUUCUGUGCAAUAAACUCUUACAGAUCAUGUGGCUUUGCGUACAGUGGAAAAUGCACAGCGGGCUCACUAAUCCAUGUGGAAAUGAACAUGUUGAAAUCUGCCUUAUUCUUUUUAUAUUAAAAUAAUAAACUAUAUUUAUAUUUGAACCAAUGACCAAAA